CAACUUCAAGUCGAAUCUGUUUUAAAUUCAUCUGACAUUUUUGUUUUAAAACACGUGUUUUUGUGUUUGUUUAAUAUUUUUUAAAUAAUAAUGACUAAAAAAUCAUUAAAAAGAAAAAGAGAAGCUAGGGAGGAUGUUGACACGCAAAAAGAAAAUGAAGAAUUACCACCUGCGAAGCGAAUGUCUGAUGAACCUACUCCGAAAAAGACAAAGUGGAUAAAUAGACAACGUGUUUUAGUACUUGCUUCUCGAGGAAUUGGCUUUAGACAUCGACAUUUAAUGGAUGAUAUUAAAAAAUUAAUGCCACACCAUCGUACAGAAUCGAAAAUGGAAAGAACAAAAAAUUUACAAGUUAUUAAUGAAAUGUGUGCAAUGAAAAAUUGCAAUAAAACAAUUCUUUUCGAAGGUCGUCAAAAGAAGGAUUUAUAUAUGUGGAUUUCAAAUAUUCCCGAUGGUCCCUGUGCAAAAUUUCUCGUUGAAAAUAUUUACACAAUGGGUGAAUUAAAAAUGACUGGGAAUUGUUUAAAAGGAACGCGUCCUUUACUUUCCUUUGAUGAAAAUUUUUCUAAAACAGAAUAUAUUUUGUUAAAAGAACUUUUAACACAAAUAUUCGGUGUUCCCAAUCAUCAUCCAAAAAGUCAACCAUUCUUCGAUCAUGUUUACACAUUUAGUAUUCUCGAUAAUAGAAUAUGGUUUAGAAAUUAUCAAAUAUUAACUGAAGAUGGUGCAUUAGCUGAAAUAGGACCACGUUUAGUUUUAAAUCCAGUUAAAAUAUUUGCCGAAAGUUUUGGUGGUGAAACUAUUUGGAAUAAUCCCCAUUAUAUAUCACCGGCAAAGUUUCGUCAAGCGUUUAAGAAACGAGCAGCCGGAAAAUAUGAAAAUCGAAUUGAACAAAAAAUGAUUCAAAAGGCAAAUAAAAUGGAAAAAACUUAUGCACUUAAUCCAAUGGAUGAAAUUUUCAAAGGUGAUAUAUUGUCUAAAGCAACGGAAAUUGAAGAGAAUGAAGAAAAACAAGGAGAAGUAAAAGCAAAGAUUAUUAAGAAAAUAAAAAAAUCUAAAAAAUCCAGGUAAAUGAAUAGAUUUUUGUAAUAUAAAGACCACUUUUUUUUAAUAAUAAUAAAAAUCAAGUUACAAUAUAA